ACACAAGGCAAGGAUAGAAGCGAGGCCGAGGGGCAAGUCACGCAACUGUCAAACGAAGCCCACCCACCGACUGACAAGGCCCCAAGGGGACAAGCGAUCCCCGCGCGGGAUACUCACCCGUUACCUCAGGAUCGCGACUACAACUCCCAGGAGGCUGCGCGAGCGACGGACCAACGCCCUUCCCAGAAUGCAGCACAGCUGCAUCCCUACCCCGCCCUCUCCUUUCUCCGCUCCUCCUGCUUUUCUACCCGUCGUCACCCGGGAGAGCCGGAGGGGGCUAAGUUCGGGUGGCAGCGCCGGGCGCAACGCAGGGGUCACGGCGACGGCGGCGGCGGCUGACGGCUGGAAGGGUAGGCUUCCUUCACCGCUCGUCCUCCUUCCUCGCUCCGCUCGGUGUCAGGCGCGGCGGCGGCGCGGCGGGCGGACUUCGUCCCUCCUCCUGCUCCCCCCCACACCGGAGCGGGCACUCUUCGCUUCGCCAUCCCCCGACCCUUCACCCCGAGGACUGGGCGCCUCCUCCGGCGCAGCUGAGGGAGCGGGGGCCGGUCUCCUGCUCGGCUGUCGAGCCUCCAUGUCGGAUAAUCAGAGCUGGAACUCGUCGGGCUCGGAGGAGGAUCCAGAGACGGAGUCUGGGCCGCCUGUGGAGCGCUGCGGGGUCCUCAGUAAGUGGACAAACUACAUUCAUGGGUGGCAGGAUCGUUGGGUAGUUUUGAAAAAUAAUGCUCUGAGUUACUACAAAUCUGAAGAUGAAACAGAGUAUGGCUGCAGAGGAUCCAUCUGUCUUAGCAAGGCUGUCAUCACACCUCACGAUUUUGAUGAAUGUCGAUUUGAUAUUAGUGUAAAUGAUAGUGUUUGGUAUCUUCGUGCUCAGGAUCCAGAUCAUAGACAGCAAUGGAUAGAUGCCAUUGAACAGCACAAGACUGAAUCUGGGUAUGGAUCUGAAUCCAGCUUGCGUCGACAUGGCUCAAUGGUGUCCCUGGUGUCUGGAGCAAGUGGCUACUCUGCAACAUCCACCUCUUCAUUCAAGAAAGGCCACAGUUUACGUGAGAAGUUGGCUGAAAUGGAAACAUUUAGAGACAUCUUAUGUAGACAAGUUGACACGCUACAGAAGUACUUUGAUGCCUGUGCUGAUGCUGUCUCUAAGGAUGAACUUCAAAGGGAUAAAGUGGUAGAAGAUGAUGAAGAUGACUUUCCUACAACGCGUUCUGAUGGUGACUUCUUGCAUAGUACCAACGGCAAUAAAGAAAAGUUAUUUCCACAUGUGACACCAAAAGGAAUUAAUGGUAUAGACUUUAAAGGGGAAGCGAUAACUUUUAAAGCAACUACUGCUGGAAUCCUUGCAACACUUUCUCAUUGUAUUGAACUAAUGGUUAAACGUGAGGACAGCUGGCAGAAGAGACUGGAUAAGGAAACUGAGAAGAAAAGAAGAACAGAGGAAGCAUAUAAAAAUGCAAUGACAGAACUUAAGAAAAAAUCCCACUUUGGAGGACCAGAUUAUGAAGAAGGCCCUAACAGUCUGAUUAAUGAAGAAGAGUUCUUUGAUGCUGUUGAAGCUGCUCUUGACAGACAAGAUAAAAUAGAAGAACAGUCACAGAGUGAAAAGGUGAGAUUACAUUGGCCUACAUCCUUGCCCUCUGGAGAUGCCUUUUCUUCUGUGGGGACACAUAGAUUUGUCCAAAAGCCCUAUAGUCGCUCUUCCUCCAUGUCUUCCAUUGAUCUAGUCAGUGCCUCUGAUGAUGUUCACAGAUUCAGCUCCCAGGUUGAAGAGAUGGUGCAGAACCACAUGACUUACUCAUUACAGGAUGUAGGCGGAGAUGCCAAUUGGCAGUUGGUUGUAGAAGAAGGAGAAAUGAAGGUAUACAGAAGAGAAGUAGAAGAAAAUGGGAUUGUUCUGGAUCCUUUAAAAGCUACCCAUGCAGUUAAAGGCGUCACAGGACAUGAGGUCUGCAAUUAUUUCUGGAAUGUUGACGUUCGCAAUGACUGGGAAACAACUAUAGAAAACUUUCAUGUGGUGGAAACAUUAGCUGAUAAUGCAAUCAUCAUUUAUCAAACACACAAGAGGGUGUGGCCUGCUUCUCAGCGAGACGUAUUAUAUCUUUCUGUCAUUCGAAAGAUACCAGCCUUGACUGAAAAUGACCCUGAAACUUGGAUAGUUUGUAAUUUUUCUGUGGAUCAUGACAGUGCUCCUCUAAACAACCGAUGUGUCCGUGCCAAAAUAAAUGUUGCUAUGAUUUGUCAAACCUUGGUAAGCCCACCAGAGGGAAACCAGGAAAUUAGCAGGGACAACAUUCUAUGCAAGAUUACAUAUGUAGCUAAUGUGAACCCUGGAGGAUGGGCACCAGCUUCAGUGUUAAGGGCAGUGGCAAAGCGAGAGUAUCCUAAAUUUCUAAAACGUUUUACUUCUUACGUCCAAGAAAAAACUGCAGGAAAGCCUAUUUUGUUCUAGUAUUAACAGUGACUGAAGCAAGGCUGUGUGACAUUCCAUGUUGGAGAAAAAAAGAAAAAAAAAAGCUGAAUGCUCUAAGCUGGAACGUAGGAUCUAUAGCCUUGUCUGUGGCCCAAGACCUUGGCCUUGUGUACAAAAAUGACAAAAUAUUGCAAUAGCAAAGCUGAACAUCUAACACUAGCUAUCUCUUGCUAGAUCUCCUUGCUCAGCAUAUAACUAUAAAUACAUGUAAAAUUACA